AUCUACCGAUGUUGUGUUUUUGAAGAGCACAUGUGCCCGUUAGACGAUACGAUGUGAGGACCCCUGUUUUAAAUUGUGACCUUUCCCUGCCUUGAAGGCAAUUUAAUUUCCCUUAUUACAAGUAAAUUUAUUAGCAUUUUCUGAGCUUUUGUCCAAAGCAACAUCAUGGGAAUAUCUGGAUUUUUAGACUACGUAGAACGCAAUUGUCCGCAAGCAUGUGAGCGAGUCGAUUUGGGCCAGGUUGCCUUGAAACGUCUGAAUACACGCCGAGGACGUGCACCUGUCGGACAAAACCCCCUUAAUUUGAUCGUGGAUGCAGAUAGUUGUUUGCACAGGCUAUAUGGAGGUAGCUUCACAGAUUGGGUAUGUGGUGGUCAAUGGAAUAGUAUGUUCCAGUUCAUUGAUAACCUUGCUAAAGCAUGCAGAAGCCACAACAUCAAGCUACUUGUUUAUUUCAAAGGAAGCCUGGACACGCAUCACACUCAUAAUUGGAUAAAACAACAAACACAAGGUCGAAAUACAGCUUAUCAAGCUCUUUGUCAUGUUCAUAAUAAAGGCACCCCUCCUCCAAAGGUAUGGUUUGUGCCUCCAGUUGCAUUAGAUACUUGUAUCCGACUUGCAUUACGCCAGUGUGGAAUUCAAACAGUGUCCAGUUUUCGUGACCAUAAAUUUGAAGUCAUCAACUACUUACGCUACAAUGGCUGCCAAGGUGUGCUUGCUCAAAGUGCUGACUUCCUCAUCUUUGACCCUCCUCAGGUUUUCUCCUCGCAUCAUCUCAAGUUGACGAGGAAGGGGGAACUGUUAACUUUACAGUACCACAUAAAUGAGAUUCUUAAGGUGCUAGACUUACACCCAGAAAGAUUUGUUAUUUUUGCAGCAUUAUUGGGAAAUCACAUUCUUCCGGAAGAAGACCUGGCAUUGUUCCAGUGGUCUCUUCUAGGACCAGAUCAUCCUCUCAAUGGUUUACGAGCUCGUGCAAACCAGUUGGUUAUGCCUCCGUGCGAUGUGAUUGUGUUAAAUAUCGCAAACUAUGUGCGCUCGAUUCCCGAUAUACAGGAUGAAGAUGCAAUAGCAAGGGAUGUAUUUAAGGCGAACAAAACCGGCAUUGAACAGAAGAUUAAUAAGUUCAAGGCAUGCGUCAAGUAUUACUGGAGUGGGACAAGGGAUGCAUGGACCCAUUCAAGAAAGAAUAACUAUGGUAGAAGCAAUACAGCAGGGGGGUAUCCUGACACCGCUCUUCAUAGUGAAAGUCCACAUGGACAAGGCGUAGACCUACAUGGCCAGUCACAAUACAACUGUAGUCAAGAAGCAUCAGACCUAUCUCAGGAUUUGGCCAAUCUCAGUAUUGAUGCAGAGAAGAUAAGUCCCUCAUGUCAGUCAGACACUGUCUCCAGUAAGGAAGAACCAAAAACAAAUGGCGAUUCAGAAUCUGUAGGCGAGGAUGAUAGCCAGUCGAAACCAGUUGAUAUCUCAAAGAUUCCAUCAUUAAUGUCUCAACCAGUAGCUCCAUGCUUCUCGGUCAGCACGCCGCCUCUUCCCCAUGUAGCACCGGAAGUGCUUAGGAUCGCGCGCCAUCGGCAUGAGAAUGCUAUGCUCAUGCCACAGGUUUUUCAGAUAUUAAGCCAGGGGGAAAUUCGUUUGGGAUACACGCUAGAGGAUGAGAUGGGACCAGAGUUCACCCCUUCAGCGUUGAUGUUCCGUCCAAUCCGUCAGAAGAUCUACGGACUUCUAUUCAGUAUUCAACAGUAUUAUGGAAUCAAUAACAGAGAAGACUUCCCCAGAGUUGUUAUCAAAGAGUGGUGUGUCUACCAAGAGAAUACACUUCAGCAACCGGAUGCAGUAGAAGCCACACCCCUCGAGUGGGUAGCUCCGCCCAUCAGUCGUAUGUGGCUGGGACGAGAGACUGAAGAUAAAUCCUACCGUUUGCGGGCAUUCUUGUCUUGCAUGUCCAGUGAUUCUCCCUCCAUGUUAAAAACUGCCUUUGUGCCACGACAUGCAAUUCUUCUAUGCUGUGUGCUCAGAUAUAUGAUGCAUUUUAACCCUCCAAUCCUGCGGGAACAUGAACUUGACGCAUUCCUAUCGCAGAGCGUCUCACCGAUCCUUAACCAGCCAAAGGCACUUCAAGAAAUGAAGAUUUCUCAUAUUACAACUCGUGGCAUACAACUGGCAGCAAUAUUUAUGCGAGGCAUUGAGGCUGCGAUGAUGGCUAACGAUGCUUGUGGAUCACCAAUCCCAUGGGAAUUGUGUUGUCCAUGGUUAUUUUUUGAUGGCAAACUUUUCCAGUACAAACUCUCCAGAGCCGUUAAUAGCAGCCACUUAAGAGAUAUGUGUGAUGGCAAAAUGGACCAAGUUGGUAAAGUAGAGAGAAUGAGGCAGGCAAUAAUGGAAGGAAUUGCGUACGACUUUGCACGUGCCCGUCCCACGUUGCCUGCACACAUGGGUAUGGACCACAUGUAUCCUUACCCGCCGAUGGAUUAUGGAAUGAGCUUCCGACCAGCUGGGCAAAUGGUGCCGCAAGGACCAGGCAAUAAGGGGCGGGGAAGGGGCUCAGUAUAUUCACGGCCGAUGAAUGGACGAGGAGGACGUUUGGAGGUUGCCGGAAUGGUGGUUGGUGAGUGGGCUGGUAGUGAUGGAAUGAGAGCAACAAGAAAUAGUGGUAGUGGCAGCGGAGGUGGUGGUGGUGGUAGGCCUUACAACAGUGCUGGACACCAGUCUUGGAGCAUGUCUCCAAGCCAUGAUCCAAGUUUCUAUUUCUAUGGCCAAGGCUCUCAGACAAUGUAUGGACCACCUUCUUUUCAAGACCCAAUGGUACAUAUGCAGAUGAUUUCAGCAAGGGGACGGUGGGGUGGAAGGACAUACCCCCAAGGAGAUCGAAGACCAAGACAAAUCAAAGGAAAUCGCGGUGGUAACACAGGUGGCAAAGGUAGAGGAGUUGGGAGGGGGGUAACAAUAGAAAUGGAAGAUUCACAGGAAGUUGAAGAUGAUGAAAGCGAGAAUGUAGAGGUCGCUGUAAAUAGCGUUGAAAACGAUACUUACGAUGAUGCACCUGAACUGUUGAAAGAUGAAAGCACAACGAAUAAAGAUGCACCAGCCGAGUGCAAUGAAUACAUAGACUAUGGCAAUUCAGACAAAUAUGGAGACGGUCACAUGGGAGGAUACGACCUGCCGACAGCUACUACGGACCUGUCAAUCAAUGGGGGGGAUAGCUAUCAAAUCACGGAACAGUAAGAACAAAAACGUUGCACUCGACUCAGUCUGGUUGGAUUUUUACAGGAUGUCAACUCCUUGUUGGUGCUUAAUAUAUUUAACAAAUGGCACAAGAGAAGAUUAUUUCGGUUUUGAUUAUUUGUACAGCAGCUUUAAAAAGCUGAUAGAAAUAUCCAGUAAAAUUCUCUGUUUACAAAUUGACCAACCAGAGAUUACUGUUUAUUGCAGGUCUGAAUUUUAGGCAUAAACAUAUCAUUUUUUUCAACCAUGGUUGGUUUUUGAUUGGUAAUAUAGACAGACAUAGAUAUUGGAUAGUUACUGCCCGGUUUCUUCUCCCUCCAUAAUUGUAAAUUAUAAUGACAAGACUUGGUGUAAUCCUUCUUGCAGUGAUGGACUGUGUUUUUAAUUCCUUGGAUAAUUCAGAAAUUAACGAUACCAAGCAUAUUUGAUGUGUUGAUUAUAAGCUGAAGAUAGUAGUUUCCCGUCCCCUGACUUUUUAUCCUUCAACUCAUUGGUAUGGUUAAGAAAUUGAUAUUGUAUUAUUAUACUAUGACUAGCAAUACUGUAUACGGAACAGUAAAAAAAUGUGUAAGCUAGUUCUCUGCAUGUUCAUUGACAAUGAAAUGGCACUCGUUCUGACGCUCAUUCUGAAAUCCUAGUUUAAUAGAAAUGUUAGUUUUCAAAAUUUUCCUUGUGAAUUAGUUCAGUAAUAAAUUUUUCUAGGAGUUGUAGGAACAAAGUUUUUUUGUAAGCCAUCUUAAAUUACAGUACAUUAUUAGAUGAAAAUAUUGUAUAAGCUUGGAUUGUAUACUCUAAGCCAUGACUAUUUGAAAUAGUUACAAAUUAGCCAGUGUCCCUAGAAGUAUUGUCCAUGUAUUCCCACAAUUUUUUAGUAUUGGGAGACAACUCUCAAAAUUUAUUUUUUGCCUUGAAUACUCAAAAAAAUUGCAUGUGUAAGUUAACAUUAAUACAAACUAAGAAUCUAUAGAAACACAAAUAAGUGAAGAAAAUUUUAAUUUAGUUGAGGGCUGUUCUAUCUGUUGUGCACCCUCCUCCUUCCUUGUUUGCCAAACUGCUUCGUUGUAAAGUUUUGUGAUGUACUGUAAUAAUGUAGGAUGGUAAAAUUUCAUAGCCUUGCUUUUGAUGUAAAUAGCGCCUAGACCAUAUCAAAAUCAAAAUAGUUGAUUUUUGAUAUUCAUGCAGGUGACAUGCCAAUGAACUCUUCAUCAGAAAUGAAACAUUUAAAAUGAUAGUGAUUUUAUUGAUCAUCAGGCACUAAUUAAUAUCUUUCUUAAAAACCUAUAAGAGAUUUUCAUCUAAAGCCGCACACCAUACUGUUCAAAUCAAUCCCUCUUAAGGAAAAUAUAUCAAUUGGUCAAUGUACUGUCAUGCAAUUAAUCAUGAUGGAGAUUUUUGUUGAGAGUUGAAGAAUGUUCUGGUAUGAAGGGGUAUGCUAUAUCUGCGAGCAGUCUGCAAUUGGUAGAAAAAAUGCAGCGUUUUUGUAGUAUGCAAAGGCUUCAUGUAUUUUGUAUUAAAUACAAACUAAGAAAAAAA